CAAAAACAGAGUUGGGCCAUUGAAAAGUAAGGAUAUAUGGUUCACUUGCUCUCGUGUUGUUUUAAAAUUUUAAACACUGAUUAGAAAAAUAAAUAAAUUUGGCAGCUCAUUAUCGCCAAGCUAGAGUCGGAGCUGACGAUACAUCCCUUUAUUAUCCUUCUUGUAGUAUAAAAAAUUUGUAUGCAUAAAGCUCUAUACUUUCAUCCUCAAAAAUUUUUAUUUCAAUUUCUUGGGACCUUUUUGAAAUUCUUUUUCACCUUUAUAUUUUUCUUUGGGGUCCCUUUUCCGAAUAGAAAAAGUGGUGAUGUCGAUUCUUAGGCGCGAUGGGGUUGAUGGGUUUGUGGUUUCAGGUUCAGACAAUGGUGUCAACCAGAAAUUUGAGAAAAUUAUCAUUGAUACAGAUCCUGGUAUUGAUGAUAGCAUGGCAAUACUAAUGGCAUUUCAGUCACCGGAUUUAGAGAUAUUAGGAUUAACAACGAUAUUCGGUAAUGUAACUACAGAAAAUGCCACGCGUAAUGCAUUAGUUCUGUGCGAACUUGCUGGACGUGUAGAUGUGCCCGUGGCAGAGGGAAAUCCUGAACCAUUGAAGAGAGGGCCACCACGUAUUGCAGACUUUGUUCACGGUUCGAAUGGAUUAGGGGAUAUCUCCAUUUCUCUUCCUAAAUCGAAAAAAUCCAAAAAAUCGGCAUCCGAAUUUUUAGUCGAUAAAGUCUCUGAAUAUCCUGGUGAAGUUUCUAUACUUGCAUUAGGGCCUCUUACAAAUCUCGCGCUAGCUGUAAAGAGGGACUCUUCCUUUCCAAGCAAGGUGAAGAGAAUUGUGAUACUUGGCGGGGCUUUCUUUGCCUUAGGAAAUGUUAAUCCAGCUGCUGAAGCAAAUAUAUAUGGGGACCCAGAAGCUGCAGAUAUUGUAUUCACCUCGGGGGCAAAUAUCGAUGUUGUUGGCAUUAAUAUCACGACCCAAGUCAAAAUGACAGAUGUACACUUAGAUGAGCUGAGGAAAUCAAAAGGAAAGCAUGCCAAAUUCAUAUGUGAUAUGUGCAAGUUUUAUCGCGACUGGCAUGUGAAAUCAGACGGUGUUCAUGGAAUUUUCCUUCACGAUCCUGUGAGUUUUGUGGCGCUAGUGAGACCCGAUCUCUUCACCUUCAAGAAAGGAGUUGUUAGGGUUGAGACACAGGGUAUUUGUGUAGGGCAUACGCUUAUGGACCAGGGAUUAAAGAAAUGGAACUCAAACAACCCAUGGUCAGGCUUUUCUCCAGUUUCAGUAGCGUGGACAGUCGACUCUGAAGAGGUGCUUAAGUAUGUGUGUGAGAUUUUAAUGAAGCCCUGAUGCAAAUGUAUAUUGUUUUAUUAAUAUAAUUUGGGGAAAAAGAAUUGUGGAAAUUUGUGGGAUUAUUUUCUUGUGAUUGGAACAUCAUUUGGACAUUCUCCAUGUAACUGAUCAGAAUCAGAUCUAUGGAAUAUGUUGGUACAGAGAUGUUAUUGAAAGCUUCCUUAUUUUUUCAUGUUCUUAAGAUGUUAGAUUCAUCAAUGCUGUGUUUGUUUGUGAAGGAAAAUGGGACAGAUUUCAGUUCUUUUAGGAAAUUU